UCAGACAGUAGUCUGUCAGUGGGGUGGUGUGGUGUGUUUUUAGGAAGAAGCUGGCGGAUAUGUGUCUGUGCGAUAAACGGACAAUUUUUAUAUUUCAGGGACUUUGGGUUAGCCGAGGGUCGGUACGGCUUUUAUCUUUAUUUAAUUUAAGUGUAAGGUGGGGAAAGUAACCACUGUUUUCUUUUGUUGUGGACACAAUCAACUGUACCGUAUCUGUACGCCGGACGCUUGGAGCAGCUUGGUGUUUUCAUGGCAUGCCUCUCCAUAGCGUCUUAAUGAACCGGCUUGUCACGUAACCGAGUGGACAGUUCACCUUGAAAAGUAUCGAUGGUGGUGUGCGCUUGUCCGUACGGAGCCGCUGUGAGCCUUCCUAACGCCGGGGACUGUCAUUCGGCAUUACGGAGAUGGACCACGCCCAGAGAGACAGGCUGUCGGCGCUGGUGGAGGAGCUCACCACGUCCGGCCAGCCGCAGCUCGACCAGUCCAAGAUGAAGGAUGUGAAGAAGAUCUGCAAGGCUUCUAGCGACCAUGUGGAGCACUUUUAUAACCUGCUGAUGGGCCGCUUGGCGGAGGAGCACGCCGAGGUGCGCCUCUCCGCCCUGCAGAUGGCCACCGAGCUCUUCUCCCGCUCCCACCACUUCCGCACCCUGCUGGUCUCCAACCUGCAGGAGUUCCUGGAGCUGACGGUGGAGACGGACCCCGAGCAGCCGCUGCCCCCGCCCAAGGAGGCGGCGCGGCGCCUUAAGACGCUGGCCAUCCGCACGGUGCAGGACUGGCAGGCCGCUUACGGGCAGGCCUACAAGAAGCUUGCACUGGGCUACCACUUCCUGAAGCAGGUGAAGAAGGUGGACUUCCAGGACGUCCAGGCCAGGACGCUGGCAGAGAGGAAGCGACAGGAGGAGAAACAGAAGAGACUGGAGAGGAUUUAUAAAGACAAAGUGUCCAAGGCCACCAGGGAAAUGGAAGAGACCUCCGCUGAGAUACACGAGUGCCUGACUGAGAUGGACAGCUGCCUCAAGCUCCUCACGCCUCACCCCCUGGACUUCAGCCUUAGCGACCUGGAAGCCACAUCCACUGCCCCCGUGCAUUGUGGGAAAUCCGCUUCUCCUGCCGCCGACGACGAGCAGCCAUGCUGCAGCAAAGACCUGCAUGACAGAGAAGAAAAGGUGGAGGAAGAGGGGAGCAGUGAUGAGAUGUCUGACGCAGAGGGCGUCCCGGACGAGGACAUGUUCAUUCGGCAAACUGGCCUGAUGUCACACAAAUACAGCCUCAGCUUGAACCUCUCCACAGAGAUGAGCUUGAAGGAGACGGAGGAGAAUGAAGCUGUGGUGAACACAGUCAGGGACCUGAACAGAGUCAUCAGCACCAAGCACCUGCCCGCCGUGCGAUCCUGGGUGCAGGUUUUCACCAAGGCCGGGGUAGAUCAGCAGCUGCUGAGCAGGGCCAUCGCCUGUAAGAGUGCCCUGGAGGAGGCGCUGCAGAGACACGAUGAGCUCCACAUCCACUACAAGAGGAGAGAGCGCAAAGUGAUGAGGGUGGGUGCGGACGGAGAGGAGGACGAGGAGGACGAUGAUUUUGUGGAGGUCCCCGAGAAGGAGGGCUUUGAGCCGCACAUUCCAGACCACCUGCGUGCAGAGUAUGGUCUGGAUCCGGUUACUUCGUUGUCUGUGGCUCCAGCAAAGCCUUCCCUGGGAUCAGUGACCCAGCCGACCCCGCAACCAAAGAGGAGAGCCACGGAGGACGAGCUGGACCCCACCUGUGCAGCCGCCACGCUCCGGGUGCUGAAACAGCGCCUCCUCUCUGACCAGGCUGCCGGCCCCAGCAGCUCCCAAGGUGGCAGUGAAGGGGCGGAGUUCACAAGUGAGGCCGCAAAGCAGGAUGGGGAAAAGGAGCGUGCCCCUGUUGUCCCUUUUGACAUGGACCUCUAUUACUGGGGGCAGGAGCAGCCCACUGCCGGCAAAAUAUUCAAGAACAUCUCCCAACACCAAUUCUGGGUUCCCCACGAGAUUGAGGAGGAGGUGGAGAACAAAGAGCUUUCGGCCCAAAUGAAGUCCCGGGUCAUCACCUUUGCAGGCAGCUUCCAGCCCGUCUCGCAUAAGUGCCGGGCGCCCAUGCCCGGUGGGGGCCUGUGCGAGAGGCAGGAUCGCGUGAAGUGUCCCUUUCACGGGGUGAUUGUUCCUCGGGACGAGCUGGGGAGGCCUGUCAAUCAGGCGGACGCGGCCCGUCUGGAAGAAGAGAGGAUGAAGCUUGUGGAAGAGCAGCCCGACUGGCGAGACCGGGAGCUGAUGCGAGAGAUUGAGGCUGCCACAGGAGAGGAUCUGGGCUCUUCCAGGUUCUAUGGGAAGGGCAAGAAAGGCGCCAAGGGCAAAGGCAAGAAGAGGAAGUACCCCAACCUGACGGACCUGAAGCAGAGCGCGAACACGUCUCGCUCCAGGCUUGAGAGAAAGGUCUUCAACAAGAGUUCCAUGAGACGAGUCACCGAAGCCAUGAAUCGAAUGGACCAAAGGAAACACGAAAAGUUUGCCAACCAGUUCAACUAUGCCUUGAAUUAGGCUUCAGCUGUGUUGGUGGUUCCAACAGACAGAAUUAAAAAAUUAACCCAAUUGAUGCCGCACGACUGAAUUGUAGCAAAUAAGUGUGUUGCAAAGUCGAUAAUUUGAAUUAUUAUCUGCAGUAAUAGAAGUUUUAUAUGAACUAAUGACACAUCUUUGACUAUGAUGUAUUUUCCUGUGUUAGGUUUUUGAUUUAAAUGUGAAAUGUUUUGACCUUUUCCAAUUUUUGUGAUGGAUAAAGAGAUUUUGUAACAUUCUUUGUCCUCUGUCUGUUGACUUGUUUGUAAACUCCUUUUCACUGACAUUAUCAUCCCAGCCAUGCUGUUGUAUGCUAUGGCACUAUAAGUGAGACAUUAUCUGUCAUUAAGGUAGUUUGAAUACCCUGCAGAUCAACUGUGUUGCACUAUUAAUCAGGCAUGUGUAAUUUGCCAUCUAUCAGUAGUUUUCUGUUUUGAGGAAGUAACUUGUAUAAAUUGAAAUUAAUUAUAGUAAUAAAUAAUAAUUAUUAUUAUCCA